ACUAGAGGGCGACUUGGAAGUGCUCUGAACUGAACUGAACUGAACAGCCUACUGCCUUAUAGUCAUAAUGACCACAUACUCCUUAGGACUGUAGCUGCCAGUGACUCCCAAAGCUUAGAAAGACACACUUGCAAAGUUUGUGAGUGAGUGAGUGAGUGAAUGAAGAAAAUAUUUGUAAAAGUUGGUUGUUGAAGAUGAAUUCACCAUCCUCCCAGAUCUUGCUGAAAAGCACCUCGUCCAUGUCAUUAGAUGAGCGCUUCACCAUGAUGUUGCAGAAUCAGCAGCUGCCUCUGACUGACAUGAGGGACACUCUGCCCCAGCAGCUGACAGCUUCAGUGAAGAACCAGCGCCUGGCUCAGCAAAUGGCCAACCGUCCUUCAGUUCUGGCUGCCCUUCAGAACAAAUUGAGUGUGACGCAGCAUCAGUUUAAGGGCAGCGUCAAGGCAAGGCUUGGGAGGCCCAUGAUGAGGGGAGGUCUGUGUGGGAUGUCCAGAUCCUGGGGAAGACCAAGAGGAAGAGGCAUACUACUGAGGGGAGCUGUGACACAGAGAUUUUGCGGGAGCCUGAUUCAACAACAGCAUGGACCUUAUAUAAACAGAGGAGGACUGACACGAAGUAGAGGACUAAGAGGAGCUCUGAGAGGUAGAGGCAUGCUUUUUGCAGGCCGUGGCUCGGCUGGAAGAAGUGCUAGACCAGACACUCGUCCUCUCCCCACACGAGAGGAGCUGGAUGCACAGCUGGAUGACUACAUGUCCAUGACCAAGAGUCAACUGGAUGCACAGCUGGACGCAUACAUGGCAGAAGUUGACCCUGAAGACCUACUGUAAUGAAGCCUUCACCCCCACAGGGAGAUUUUGUACUUAAAGCCCAUUUCAUAGCCAGAUUAAAGAAACUUGAUGCUGGGUUAAGAGCACUGAUCAUCCACAAACAUAUAAGUAUAUUCAUACUCAGGUCUCAUUAAGGUUUGAUAUUGUUGAGUUGACACUGUUUGAGGAGACUGCAGUGUGUUAUUCCACUUUAUCUACAUUAAAGAAACUUGUUAUGGCAGCAUGCUUUGUGGACUGAAAAUGGAAAAAAAAAAUGGAAACCUCAAUUACAGAAGUGUUACAGAAUCUUAUGUGUGAUUCCUGUAGAAAGUCCACAUCCCCUUUUUUGUCCACUCAUUUUUGGUUCUUGCAUCUAUUUGUACAGAAAUCUGUAACUGAAAGGAGAAGAAUGUUCUUUUAAACUAAAUACAGAGGGAUAUAAUAAGUAGAUACAUUUCUGAUCAACAUUUUGCUGGGAAGUCUGCAAUUACAUCUCUAUUUCCAGGAAAUUUAAAAUAUUGAGAGAAUUCAUAUCCAUAAAAUGUUGCUACUUCUAUCGGUGGUUGUGAUAAAACAGCAAUAUUUAAUGCAUUCCUUACAUAUUUGGUUAGAUUCUUGGGUCAGUCUAGGACAGUUACUGCCAUUUUAUAGUUUCAGUCAUUUUUUUGACUUGUGUAGCCUUGAUAAAAUAUUUGGGCAAUUAAAAACAAUUUUUCCUACAUUCACUAUAUAUCCGCAAAAUGCCAUAUGAUCAGGAGGACACUUGAUUAACCGAUCUUUUGGGGGCCUAAUAAUGUAAUCCGUUUGGUGCUGUGAAAUUCUUUUUUUAAAAAUAACAAUAAUAGUGUAGAGCCGUGGAGUAGAGCUGGUAGCUCGGUAAUGUUUUGCACCAGUCUCAGGAAUGCUAAUGCCACUGGGCUGCCAAUUUUUGUUCCUCCAUUGGGAAUCGAAGGAGUGAUUUAAUUUUAGUCUAUGUGGUCAGGAUUAAAUCUUUUGAAGGGGCUGCCUAAUUUUUGUCUAGAUGUUUUGUGUUCAGGAACAGAUUGGGGUUGGCUAAUAGAUUUUGGUGUUUGGCCAAUCCUAAGUGACGCAUUCUGUAAAUAAAUAUUUACAAAUUUACUGUUAAGCACUGUGCAUCCUGCAACUGCAGCAUUAGAACCAAGCACCUUGGCUAUGGUGACCAGUAUGCUAAUGGGGUCAUCUGCUAAAUAUUGCUUUAAUAAUUAGUUGGCAUGUUUCCCUUUGUUUGUUUGUUUGUUUGUUUUUCUUUCUUUGUUUGUUUUUCUUUCUUUUUCUCAGAUUGCUAAUGCAGUACAUCCACAAAACAGCCAGGUUCCUCCUUUGAGUUGUUUAUAUUGUUUCUUGAGGGACGGUUUGGUUAUCACAUUUUAAAUGUAAUUCCGUCUCAUUAUGUUGAAUCAGUUGGUUCAUGCUAAAUGUACUGCUUUCAUUUCAAGUUGAAUAUCAUUCAGAAGAUCAUGGCAAUGUGACAUGCUGUAAAGACCUGCUUGUUCAUAUUUGCUUAACUGUUUAAAAAUCUAGAUUGUGAACACUAUUGCCAUAUCUUAUAUAUCUGCCAUCUGAUGUUAUUCAUCUGAUGUUAUUCUUUAUUUAAUAAAUGUUCAUUCAAUAAAUAAAAA